AUGGAACAUAACCUCGCUGAAUGUACACGCGUGUGUUUGCGCUCAUUCAAGAAAUUCUUUGCUCUAAAUUACAACAAACCUACGCGUUUUAUUCUACUGAAAACCCUAAUGAUUAGUAUUAGUGAUCAGAAUUAAAAACUCAAUAUGGUGAAAACGAAAAAUAAAAAGAAAAACCUAUCGGAGACAGCAGUCCAGAAGAAAAAACAGGAGAGUAAAAAGCCGAUAAACCCCUUUGAAGUGCAUAUAAAUAAAGACAAGCAAAAAGUGCUAGGUCGUAAGGGUAAAGCUGACCGGGGAUUGCCAGGUGUAGCCCGAACGAAAGCAAUCAACAAACGUAAGCAUACGUUGCUCCAGGAAUUCAGCCAACGUGACAAGGAUAAUGUGUUCAUGGACAAAAGAAUUGGGGAGAGGAAUGCCUCAAUGUCCCAGGAGGAGAAGGCGAUGGCGAGAUACGCAGCUGAGCAAAUUAAAACCCACAAAAAGAAGAAUAUUUACAGUCUGAAUGAUGAAGAGGUGUUGACACACAGGGGACAAACCCUGGAGGAAAUCGAGAAAUUCGAGGACCCAAAGAGUGACGAUGACUUCAGUGACGACGAAAAUAAUAAAGGACAUUUAGACAAAAAGUUCGUGACUGAUGCUCACUUUGGUGGAGGAAUUCUGUCGAAGCCAGAUGGGACUCUAUCCAGAAAGGACCUGAUAGAACAAUUGAUCGUUGAAUCGAAGAAACGAAAGGCGGAGAAGCAGAAAAUCCGAGAGCAGACGAUUAAUUUGACUGAGAAACUUGAUACAGAGUGGAAGGAUCUGCUUCCUCUGAUGGCUGCAUCGAAAAAAUCCACUGAGGAGACGGUUGAAAAGCCAAAGGCUGAUGAUUAUGACAUUGCUGUUAGAGAAUUGAAGUUUGAGAGUAGGGGAAUGCCCUCUGACAGAUUAAAAUCAGAGGAGGAAAUCAUGAAGGAGGAGAAGGAGAAGCUCGAGGCACUCGAGCAAGACAGGCUGAUGAGAAUGAAGGGUUUCUUGGAGGAGAGUGAUGGGAGGAAUAAGCACAAGUCUGCUGAUGAUCUUGACGAUGGGUUCAGGGUUGAGGACAUCGAGGAGGAUGAUACGUUGGCUUAUGAUGAGGAUGGAGUUGUUAGGAAUGGAAAGAAAAUGGACAAGUCUGAGGGGAGUGAGUCGGAAGGGGAUGAUAAUCGUGAUAAUGAUGAUGAUGAUGAAGAAGAGGAUUCAGAAGGUGAAGAAAGUACACAGGAAGAUGAAGAAAAAGAAAAAGGAGAUGAAGAAGAAGAAAUUGAAAAUGGAAAAAGUCAAGAGACGAAUGGAAAUCCUCAACAGUCAGAAGCAAAUGAUGAUGAAUCAGAAGAUUCUGGGGAAGAAGAAGACGACAAUUUAUCUGAUCUGAAAGGAUCUGAGUCCUCCAGUGAGGACGAAGAGGCAUCAAAGAUCACUGAGGAGCAAAAUCCAUCACAAAAAUCCACAUCUGACCAUCCCAAACCUCCAGCACUUGCUGCAGACUCCGAGAGACUCCAAAAAAUCCGCGAAGACCUCCAAAAGCGCAAGGAGAUCAUGGAGAAGGCUCGACAGGAGCUCCCCUACACCUACAAGGCUCCUGAAACUUUUGAACACCUCAAUAAUCUCCUUAAAUCUCAAAAACCAGACUAUCAAUCCAUCAUCCUAGAGAGAAUAGUAAAAUGCAAUCACUGGACCCUGGGCCAGGGCAAUCGAGAAAAGCUCUGCAAAGUGUUUGAAUUCCUUCUCCAAUACAUAAUGGAUUGUGCUCACAUCAGUGAUAACAACAAUCCCGAGGACAUCAUCAAGUGUUUCGAGAUAUUCGACAGAAUUUCCCCUCAUCUAUUCGACUUGGCGCAGGCGAAUUGCUUCACCACAGCGACAUGUGUCCAAAAUCUGUUGAAAGAACGUCAUGAAAAAUUCGAGAAAAAUCAGAAAAAGUUUCCAGACUUGGAUACAUUAAUUCUCUUCAAAAUUAUCUCAUUAUUAUUUCCAACUUCGGACUUUAGACAUCCAGUUGUUACUCCAGCCAUAGUCUUCAUGUCGCAGAUACUGUUGAGGUGUAAAGUCAAGUCAAAAUUACAUAUUUCAAAGGGAUUGUUUGUUUCUACGUUGAUGCUGGAGUAUACCGUGUUGAGCAAGAGGUUUUCACCUGCUGUUAUCAAUUUUCUUCGAGGAAUCAUUUAUUUGGGGACUGUGAAGCCUCCUCUGCUGAUACUGAAGAUUGUCCCCCCUUUCAAGAGAGCUGGAGAUGUAGCUAAUCUCCUUGUUCUCCAGGAGGAUCAGACGAGUCUGGAGAUCAAUCAUCUUGGUGCACAUAUGAGGGCUGGAGAUCUGGUUGACGGUGACAUUGACGAUGAGUUCCGAAUUCGGGCGUUUUUAACUGCUGUUAAUUUAGCUGAAGAAUUUUCGAAGCAAUUGGGGGAGUUGGAAGCAGUUUAUUCCAUCUUCGAACCAAUCAUUAAUUUGUUGAACAUAAAUUCAUAUGGGAAAUACCCUGAGAAUAUUCGUAAACAUGUGGAGAGGGUGUCGAAGGAUCUUCUAGCGUUGGAGGACAAACAACUGGAGUAUCUGGUGAAAGCGAAGAAGAAGCCGAAGGCAUUGAGGCUGUACGAACCUAGGAUAGAGAGAGUCUACGAUGGCAAAAAGCACAGACCAAUGUCCAAGGAGAAGGCAGAAAAAGAGAAAUUAAUGCAUAAACUCAAGAAGGAGAUGAAGGGAGCCAUCAGAGAAGUCAGGAGAGAUGCUGCAUUCUUGGCCAAAGUGCAGAUUAAAAAUCAAAUUAAGAGUGACACUGAGCGUAAACGAAAGGUCCGGGAGAUUAUGAAUGAGGGGGCUGUUCAACAAGCGGAAUUGAAUGAAUUCAAGAGGAAAAAGAAAUGA